AUGGCGCAAGGACAGGUUCAAGUGCAUUUCAGCACCACAUCUCCAGAUAUUGAACUACCUGAAGGAAAACAGCAAUUACUCGUUCCUACCAAUGUACGAAGAUAUGGACUUUCACAGAUUCUUAAUUCCGAGGCGAUGCUCGAUACCUCUUCGCCGAUACCAUUCGAUUUCCUCAUUAACGGAACAUUCUUGCGAACGACCCUCGAUGAAUAUCUUACUGCGAAUGGAUUAUCCUCCGAAACCACAUUAAACUUACAAUAUGUUCGAAGUUUGAUUCCUCCUCUUUAUGAAGCAAGUUUCGAGCAUGAUGAUUGGGUUAGCAGUGUUGAUGUUUUAUCUGGUAGUUCUGCUGUAGGAACUUGGGGUAAAAAUUCAAUUGUUGAAGGACAGGAGCGCAUAUUGUCAGGUUCUUACGAUGGACUUCUCAGAGUUUGGAACAAGUCAGGUCAAGCCAUUGCAACAUCCGCACCUGCCAGUGUUGGUGGACAUACUUUUGGAGUAAAGGCUGCGAAAUGGCUCUCAGCCAGACAAGUUGCAUCGGCAGGUUUGGAUCGCACAAUAAGGAUAUGGAAUUAUUCUGAAUCGGAGGAUCAUUUCUCAGCGCAAUUGAAGCCAACUAUGGAAUUAUAUGGUCAUACCGGUAGUAUUGAUUCAAUCGCAGUUCAUGGACCAUCAAAUCGCAUUUUAUCUGCUUCAGCAGAUGGACAAAUUGGUUUCUGGACUUCACAUAAAUCUUCAGCACCUGAAGUCAAUACCAGUCUUAUUUCUGGACCAUCUUCUAAGCGACGCAAAAUCACAACCUCCACAUCCACCCCUCAACGCGGUCCUCUAUCUCUCAUGGAUUGUCAUAAUGGACCUGCAACAGCUGUUAUUUUCAACCCUCAGGAUCCUACUGUUGCAUAUUCAGCUUCUCAAGAUCAUACCAUCAAAACACUUGAUAUUACCACUUCUAGUAUUGUAGAUACCAGAACUUUAUUGAAUCCUAUACUCUCAUUAAGCGCUCUACCAGGAAUUGGUCAUCAAAUAAUAGCAGCAGGUACUACAGCACGUCAUAUUGCUCUCAUUGAUCCUAGAGCUUCAGCUGCUACAACACAAGCCAUGACACUUCGUGGACAUACCAACUUUGUUUCAUCAAUAUUUGCGGAUCCUGAUAGCAACUAUGGAUUAGUAUCAGCAGGUCAUGAUGGAACUUGUAGGGUAUGGGAUCUUAGAAGUACAAGACAAGGAACGAAAGAUGAAGGACUUGGUGUUGUUGGAGAGGCCGUUUAUAUCAUUGAAAGAGAAAGUCGGAAAGAUAAGACGACCAAGACCGUUGGUGGUGAGGGAGUUAAGGUUUUCGAUGUUAACUGGGAUAAGGAUGUUGGAAUUGUUAGUGCUGGUGAAGAUAAAAUGGUUCAAGUGAAUAGGGGAAGAGGUGUUACAAGACCCGAAAAUUAG